UCCAUCUUCGGCCCAGCCCACUUCUUCAUUCUCUCGAAGCCUCCAUUGCCUCCUGUGUUGUUUUCACGAACAUUUUCGCAGUGGAGCCCGGAAAUGUAUUGAUUGCGCCCAAAUUUCAAGGCCGAAUCAGCCGAUGGACCAUUCCGACUUAUCUUAAGCAGGGUGCUCGAAGGAGGUCAGCAUGAAGUUUUUUGAGGCGAAAACCGUUUUCAACUACUCGUGGGACCAGGUGGCCGAGGGCUUCUGGCAGCGCUACCCCAAUCCCUUCAGCACCCACGUUCUCUCCGAGGACACCGUCUUCCGGCAAGUGGACACCAGCGGCCGUCUCAAGUCGCUGAGGUUGCUGACCAAGACGAACUUGCCGCCUAAGUGGGGCGAGCAUGUCGUCUCGAACCGGACAGUCAAGAUAAUAGAGGAAUCGAUUGUGGACCCGAAAAGCAAAACUCUGACCACCUACACCAGAAACAUUGGCUACACAAAAGUCAUGAGCAUAACUGAGAAAGUGGUUUACAAACAAAGUAAAGAAAACCCAGCGCAGACCGUGGCUGAGCGUUCAGCUUGGAUUGACUCGCAGCUAUAUGGCCUGAGCCGACCUAUUCAAGCCUUCGGCCUUGAUCGUUUCAAGAAAAACUGUGUCAAAGCGGAAAAGGGAUACCAAAUUGUGCUAAACACCAUGUUCCCUGGACACGAAUUGCCGGCCCUGCUGCAGACCCAGAAGCCCUCAGUCCUUGCAGAACAGAAGGAAAAGCUGAAAGAGUCGGCCAAGAGGGCCACCGAGUUGGCCAAAGCUAAGGCGCGGCCGGUUGUAGCCGCCUGUCAGCCCGAAGUUGAGUAAAUGAGUAGAGGUGUAGACUUAAAAGCUGACGAGAGUAAACAAAUUGAACAAUUUUGUAUGUCUAGAGGACAAGAAACAAUAAUUUCGUGCACAGAUGCACUUCCUAAAUUACUCAUACUCAGUGAUUAGAGGUGAAACUAAAUUUUUUUAUAUAGGUACCAUGAAUUAAAGUCUCGAUUGCGCAUCUACACGUUUUAGUUGGGGUUGGGAACUAUACUUUCGUUGCUUAUCAUUGCCACGCUAUAUUGUGAUUGAUCAUACUUUUCUCUUUUAAUCUAUUGUUAGUGAUCAUGCUAGAAAUUCCCUACUCUUGAGUCUUAUUCCAGGCUUGGGCACAUUCGCUAAAGUAACAGAAAGCUAAUAAAUUUACAAUAAAAUAAUGAGUCUGUUGCUUUUGUAGCAUUUUGUGUAAAAGUUCUAACACUUGGAUCAAUGAUAAAUAAACUCUAAGAGCUUUUAUCAAAUA